GGAAACUACGCUCUCUCGGAGGAGGGGCGGGACUGUGAUGCUCUAUAUUAGACAGUUCAGCCUGAGCAGAAUGUGUUAGACUCUAACAGUUAGAGGCUUUUCCUGACUUAAAGCAUCUGAGCGAAGUUUACACAUCGCCACCAUGGCGCUCACCUACUUCGAACGAUUGCAAGUGUGGGUUAGGCGUGCGUUCAUGGGCGUGUUAUAUGCUAUAUUUUGGUUGCUAAGUCCAAGACCGACCGCUGGUGCACCUACCAAAGUCCCUCCAGUCACCAACCCGCUGCUGAAGCUGUCUGCUACGCAACUUGCAAAGAAAAUUCGUCGGAGAGAGUUGUCAAGUGUUGAUGUGGUCCAGGCUUACAUUGACCGCAUCCAGGAGGUUAACCCUCUACUCAAUGCCAUGGUCAAGUUCAGGUUCUCUGCUGCUCUGCAGGAGGCUGCUCAGGUAGACAGACUGAUAGAGGAAGAGACUGAAGGAGGAGAGGAGGCCCUGGCUGAACGACUCCCUCUGCUCGGGGUCCCACUCUCCGUGAAGGAGUCUUUCGCCGUGCAAGGAAUGCCACACGCAGCUGGCCUGGUCUCCAGGGCAAAGGUGUUGGCCAGUGUGGAUGCGCCAGUUGUGACCUACCUGAAGCGAGCAGGGGCCAUUCCUAUGGGGGUCACCAACACCCCAGAGCUGUGUAUGUGGAUCGAGAGCCACAACCGCCUUUACGGACUUACCAGAAACCCCUAUAGCCUGGACCGCACAGCUGGAGGGAGCUCAGGAGGGGAGGGUAGUCUGCUGGGCGGAGGGGCCUCUGUGUUUGGGGUGGGCUCAGACAUCGGCGGCAGCAUCCGUCUGCCCUGCUACUUCAAUGGCAUCUUUGGCCACAAGGGCACCCCACACAUUGUGAAUAAUGACGGCCAGCAUCCCCUUUUCUCUGGUCGGCAGGAGGACUAUGUGAGCACUGGACCCAUGUGCCGCUACGCUGAAGACCUGCUGCCCAUGCUGAAGAUCAUGGCAGGACCCAAUGCUCACAAGCUUUCCUUAUCUGAACCUGUGGACUUGAAGAAGCUGCGUUUCUUUUCUGUUCCUCAUGACGGAGGAUCCCCAUACACUUCUCCUGUGGACAAACAGCUCAUACAAGCUCAGAGAAAGGUUGUCGAGCACCUGGAGGCAGACCUUGGGGUCAAAGUUCAGGAGUUGCGUCUGCCAGAGCUCAAGUAUGCCGCUGGCAUCUAUUUGACCCUCAUGGGCCUACCUGACAAAGAUGGAAAGGCCCCAAAGUCCAUGUCCGAGCAUAUGGGGGAGGAGGGGUCACCUAUUUGUCCUCCAUUGGAGCUUGUCAAGUGGAUGCUGGGAAGAUCUUCACACACUAUGGCAGCAAUAG